UUGUUUGCCCUUCAUCUGCCCCUUUCCACCUCUCUCUCUUAUUAAUGGUGUCUCUGGCAGUGUCAGAAUUUCUCUUCCCCUCUCUCAUUAAAUGCUUUCGUUCUUUCUUCCCGUGAAUCAUUCUCUCUGUCUCUCCCACCUCACCGAGGUCAUCCACCAUGUUCAGACGCACCAAGAGUUGCAGAAGCAGCAACAGAAAAAGCUUGAUUCUAACAAGCAGCAGCUCGCCUACCCUCCCCCGACCGCACUCCCCUCUUCCAGGCCACAUAGGUGGGAGUCCCAUGGAUAGCCCCCGAAAUUUCUCUCCCAGCGCUGCUUCCCACUUCUCCUUCGCUUCUUCACGCAGUAGAACGGACGGCCGCCGCUGGUCACUGGCCUCCCUCCCAUCAUCCGGUUAUGGAACCAACACUCCAAGCUCCACCGUGUCGUCCUCCUCCUCUUCUCAGGAACGCCUGCACCAGCUCCCCUUCCAACCCACCCUGGAUGAGCUUCACUUUCUCUCCAAGCACUUCGGCAGCACGGAAAGUAUCCCGGAUGAUGAUGGGGGUCGCAGGUCGCCGGCGGUCCGACCACGAUCGAGAAGCUUGAGUCCUGGAAGAUCUCCCUCCUCUUACGAUAAUGAGAUAGUGAUGAUGAACCAUGUGUAUAAAGAGCGAUUCCCCAAGGCCACGGCGCAGAUGGAGGACAGGCUGCGCAUGUUCAUUUCAUCCUUUUCUCCAGAGAACAUCCUGCCCUUAGCCGACGGGGUCCUAAACUUCAUCCACCAUCAGAUUAUUGAGCUGGCGAGGGACUGUCUGAGCCGAAGCACCGAAGGGCUGAUCACGAGCACCUACUUCUACCAGUUACAGGAUAACCUGGAGAAACUACUACUGGAUGCUGUGGAACGUUCUGAAGGGUCAGAAGUUGCCUUCAUUGCUCAACUGAUGAAGAAUCUUCUCAUCAUCAUCUCUCGCCCGGCCCGCCUUCUGGAAUGUCUGGAAUUUAACCCCGAGGAAUUCUACCACUUGCUGGAAGUCGCUGAAGACCAAGUGAAAGAAGGCAAUCUUAAGACUGAUAUACCUCAGUACAUCCUGCGUCAGCUGGGGCUAACCCGAGACCCCUUCCCCGAGGUCCCAGCGGCUGAGGAGCCAGUAAGUGUGGAGUCCGGUACUCCGGAGAGUGAAGACACUGCCGAGGGAAGAGGAGGUGCGGCAUCCAAGCCCAUCAGAGCCCCGGAAGAGAGUGACUUUGAAUCCAUUAAGCUGAUCAGCAAUGGAGCCUAUGGAGCUGUGUACCUGGUACGGCAUCGGGAGACCCGUCAGCGCUUCGCCAUGAAGAAGAUAAACAAACACAACUUGAUUCUGAGAAACCAGGUUCACCAGGCCUUCAUCGAGCGGGACAUCCUGACCUUUGCACAAAACCCGUUCGUGGUCAGCAUGUUCUGCUCCUUCCAGACCCGGAGGCACCUCUGCAUGGUCAUGGAGUAUGUGGAAGGGGGUGAUUGCGCCACUCUUUUGAAACAUAUCGGAGCCCUCCCCUUGGAGAUGGCGCGCUUAUACUUUGCCGAGACCGUCCUUGCCCUGGAAUAUCUUCACAAUUAUGGCAUCGUCCACCGCGAUCUGAAACCGGACAAUCUCCUAAUCACUUCAAUGGGCCACGUCAAACUGACAGAUUUCGGCUUGUCUAAAAUGGGACUCAUGAACCUCACCACUAAUCUAUAUGAAGGACAUAUCGAGAGUGAGGCCAGAGAAUUCCUGGACAAACAGGUCUGUGGUACUCCGGAAUACAUCGCCCCCGAGGUGAUCCUGCGACAAGGUUAUGGGAAGCCCGUGGACUGGUGGGCAAUGGGGAUCAUCCUGUAUGAGUUCCUUGUGGGCUGCGUUCCAUUUUUUGGGGACACCCCCGAGGAGUUGUUUGGUCAGGUGAUCAGUGAUGAAAUUGUCUGGCCCGAGGGAGAAGAAGCGCUUCCAGCAGAUGCCCAGAACAUGAUCUCCAGCCUCCUACAGACGGACCCCUUACUCAGACUGGGGACCGGAGGUGCGAUUGAAGUUAAAACCCAUGGAUUUUUCACUGAUCUGGACUGGAAUGGGCUACUCAGGCAGAAAGCAGAGUUUAUUCCCCAUCUGGAGGCUGAAGAUGAUACCAGUUACUUUGACACCCGAUCAGAUCGUUAUCAGCAUAUAAACUCUUAUGAUGAAGAUGACACAAAUGACGAGGACUCAGUAGAAAUCAGACAGUUUUCUUCAUGUACCCCGCGAUUCAGUAAGGUCUAUAGCAGUAUGGAGCAGCUGUCCCAACUUGAGCAGAAACCGUCCACUCCUUCCCGAGAUUCCAACAAGCAGGAGAGAAGCGAGCGGUCGAGCAAGCGAGAGACACUAGGGGGUGUCACAUUGCGAGAACGCUGCUGGAGAACCGUGUCUCCUGAAAUGAAACACUUUUCGGAUGCCACAGACACCGAUUCUAGUCCUCCUCUGGCUGCCAGACGCCGUUUCUCUGCCCUGGUUGAUACAGCGCGCUUUGUGGCCCCUCUGGAGGGAGAAGGAGAGCUCAGAACGAGAGGAGGUAGCGGAACCCAACAUGGUCAGACCAAGAUUCCGCUCGGGGAACUGGAGCCCGAAAAGUCAGCGGACACUCACGCUCCUGCGGAUUCUGACUCUUCUCCUCGGGCUACCAAUGACCUUGUUCUGCGUAGAGCACGUCACCAACAUCUGUCUGGGGACAGCGAAAGGCGGAGGACCGGAGGGAAGGUCAUCAAAUCGGCGUCCACUACGGCGCUUUCCGUCAUGAUCCCAACAGUUGAACAACACAGCAGCUCCCCCCUGGUCAGCCCAAUGUCUCCUCGGUCCCUCUCAUCCAACCCUUCCUCUCGGGACUCUUCUCCAAGUCGUGAUUACACGCCGGCAGUGACCAGCCUCCGCUCGCCUAUCUGCAUCCAGCGCUCUGGGAAGAAAUACGGUUUCACCCUUCGAGCCAUCCGUGUGUACAUGGGGGAGAGCGACGUCUACAGUGUGCAGCAUAUGGUGUGGCAUGUAGAAGAAGGAGGCCCUGCACACGAGGCUGGUUUGUGUGCUGGAGACCUCAUUACUCAUGUCAAUGGAGAGCCAGUGCAUGGUCUUGUACACACAGAAGUUGUAGAAUUAAUUCUGAAGAGCGGUAACAAGGUACUGGUCACCACUACGCCUUUCGAGAACACCUCAAUCAGGACCGGACCAGCCAGAAGGAGCAGCUACAGGUCCAAGAUGGCCAGAAGAAGCAAGAGGAGCAUGGGGAGAGACAGUCAGGAAACUAAGAAGAGGAAUUCUCUCUUCCGGAAGAUCACUAAGCAAUCCAAUCUCCUCCAUACCAGCCGCUCGCUGUCAUCGCUCAGCCGAUCUCUCUCUUCCAGUGACAGCCUCCCUGGGUCUCCAACGCAUAGCCUCUCCGCGCGCUCUCCUACCCAUAGCUAUCGGUCCAUGGACUCUGCCUACUUAGGUGCUUCUUCCCAGGGCAGCUCCCCUUCUUCUAGUACCCCAAACUCUCCUGCUCCCCCUCCGCCAUCUUCCUCCUCAUCCUGUGCCCCCACAUCCUCUUCGUCCUCCUCCCCAGCUCCACCUUCUCCCCACAUCCGCCCUAGCACUUUACAUGGGUUAUCGCCCAAAUUACAUCGCCAGUACCGGUCUGCGCGCUGCAAAUCUGCUGGCAACAUGCCUCUCUCUCCACUUGCGCACACUCCUUCCCCGACCACAGCUGCCUCUCCACCUCUUAUACCUGGCCACAGCGUAGGCAGCAGCCUUACCACCCAGAGCUUCCCCCCAAAGCUACAUCCCUCCCCACCCGUAUCUCGUCCUCGCCCCAAGAGCGCGGAGCCUCCACGCUCACCGCUUCUGAAGAGGGUGCAGUCGGCAGAAAAGUUGGGUGGGAGUGGGGGAGGGGUAACACCAAGAAAGCAAGAACCAGGAGGGGGAGGUGGCCCACAAGAUGGGGAAGGGGGCGAAUCCAUGGUGGGCAGAACGCAAGCAGUGAGGAGAGUAGGCAGGCAGGAGUCCCCUAGAAGUCUUUGCGGUGGCGAAGGUCUCAUAGCAGAUGGUUUGGAGAAGCUCGAAGGAGAUGUAGGGAUUGUCGUGUUACAGCAAGGAGACGGGCAUAAAGGCGGUGAGGGAAAAGUUCAAGGAGGGGGCAAAUUAGGCUCCACGUCACGGCCACCACCCCCAUUCUCACCUCAAGAAUCCCCUUCAGCAUCCACUGCGGCACUUCCAUCGCAGGGCGAGACUUCUCAUGCCAUGGUUGGAAGAUGCCAGGUGAAGACGCUAAGUCCAGUCCAGGAGCAUGAAGGAAGAAGAGGUGAAGGAGAAGAAUGUGGAGCGGAUGGGGAAGGUAGAAAAGAGGAAAGAGCAGAAGAGGAAGACGGUGGAGCAAUGAAGGAACGGUGGUACCUGGAGGUGGUGGAAGAAUUGACCACCGUGGGUAAAAGUUCUUCCCACGUCCCCUUAAAAAGUGUUCCAUGUAGCCUCCAUUUAGAAUCUAAUAUAUAUCAAACAUCUAGCAAUAUCAUUAAAAGUAGGGAGGUCGAUCCAGUAAAGGACGCGCCACGUUCCUCUCUUGAACCCAAGCAAGAGCUCUCUCAUUGUGCAAAGGGCAGAACCGCAGAGUCCGACUCCAUAAAGGGAACCCAACAAACCACUUCAAGUGAAGUUGGGGUUAAAAGGCCAAAUUCUGAUCCCGCAAAGAUCAGCCCUCCCCAGGUAGCCACUCUGGAAUCUUCCUGUGGAGUCAAGGGCAAGGCGACAAAUAUGGAACCUCCAAAGAAUCCAUUAAUUAUUUUACCCGAAAGCUCGGACUUCUCUCAGUCUGUUCCAUUGAAUGAGAUAAAGGCCGAUGCUACAAAAGAAACUGUUUCGGGUAUAAGCCACGCGAAGUGUGAAACCACACAGCCUCGGCCCCUCAGGGUAAAUGAGAUGACCGUGGAACCCAUGAAAGCUCCGGCGCUCACUCUUAUCCCAAAUGAAGAUUUAAGAGGCACUAAUAAUUCCCCCGGGGGUGCCUCUGUGGCAGGGCCUCUUCUGCCCAUAGGUGUUCCUGUACCCCAUAUAAAUAUUAAUGUAAAAAAAGCUGAAAAUGAACCAGCAAAAGUGGCUAGUCCUCUUCCAUCCAUAAACCGAGUUAGCGGAGCAGAAAGGGAUCCAGGCGGGGUAAGUUUUCUACCCCCUGCCAUUAAGAGUACGAGCGCGAUAGAAAGUGACCAGUCAGGACCGAAAAUUAAUACACCGGUUACUAACAAGGUUGGUGGUAAAGACGCAACGGGUUCGGCCCCUACUGCACCGGCUGUUAAUAGAGUAAGUGAGGCACGGACGGAGGAGACCAAAGUGUCCGCCACUGUUGAAAUCGUGAUGUCCUGCGUCCCCGAGAGCGAGAAGACGAGAGGGACCUCUGUUGCCUCAACUACUAGUAGAGUUAGCGACCAGGCAAGUAUGACCACCGUCGCCUCAUCUAAUAAUAGGAUUAGCACCCCGCCAGUGAUCACCGCUGCUGCCUUAUCUAAUAGCGCCGGCAGGUCGGCGGGUGAUCAGAUUACAAAGACCACAACCGUUCCGGCUUCUAGCAAGGAUAGUGAAGCUGACCAGGUCAGAAUGCCCUGUCUGGUUAAUACGAGUGUUAGCGGAGCUGAAGGCGACCUGUCAAAAUUGUGUAAAAUUCCUCCCGCCGUUAACAGGUUAAAUGAAGUAGAAAUCAAACAUAGAGGGUCUCCUCCUUCUAUUUUAGGGAAUGAUCAGUCUAAAGUGUCUCCGAUACCCAUUAGGAUUAGCGGGGUCCCAGGUGACCCCCAGAGUGGGGUGCAUUCUCCUGCAAAACCUCCCAACAUUCAGACCAAACCCACCGGUCAGCACCCCUCUUAACGCAGGACAUCUCCAUUUACCCUCCCAGUUAGGAAGGGGAACAGAAUAGGGGGUAGAUAUAGCAAACGCUCUUUCUGGGAACCUAUAAUCGAGCCUUAUUGCCCCCAUACAGACUUGUGACAGUAGUUGGGGGGCUGCACAGGCGUGUAUGUGCGUGUCUGUGUGUAUGUCUGUGUGUUCGUGUGUUUGUGCCGUGCCUUAAUUGUUUAUUAGUUGAGGAUAAAAAAAAAAAAGUUACUGCACACACACACAUGCUAAGCGCUAGUAACUAAAGAGUUAAAAGGGGUGACACUCUGCAGGUCCGUCCAAGGAGUUGAAUCCAAGGGGUUUCAGAAACAUGGCAGGGUAGGGGGGGUAAAGAAAUGUUCAGCGGGUCUCUGACAUGCCCCUUGCAUGACAUCACACCUACCCUCCCCUCUCCCGAGACCGCAUUCUGUGCUCUGAGACGAAGACCUCCUGCCUAUGACAUCACACCUUAGCCUACUGUGUCAUCUUCCAGCCUACGAUGUCAUCAGCCUGUGCCACGUCCGGUGAUGUCACGUCACACCUGUCUUACCUAUAGAAGCAUACGUCUAUACAUAUGAAAUUAUAUUUAUCUGGACGCACUAUAUAUACAGAUAUAUAUAUAAAUAUAUAAAUAUAUUGUUUAAGGGGCUCCACUAUUUCUAUGCAAGAGGAUUUAUGGUGACGUUAGCUCUGUCGGUGCCUGCGGGGACGCGUUGGUUCAUUGCGGGCGCUGCAGGGGUUAGUUUGUGAACCACUGUAUUUUUUUUAACUUUAUUUAAUAUUGUGUAUUUUUAUUUUAAAAUGCUGUGCCCCCGGCUCCAAACUUUUUUUUUUAUUAUUUUUUUUUACCAACAGCUCCCCCCCCCAAAAAAGCCCCUUUCUAUUUUAUUUUGAUUUGUGCAUUUUGGACGUUGUAUCAACACACACACAUAAUAAAAAUUCUCAAAUUGGUGAAAAUGAUUGGAAAAUUCCAAAUACUUAAUAAAAUGUAAAAUUUGCA